AUGCCUGCCUUCAACAGAUUGUUUCCCCUGGCUUCGCUGGUGCUCAUCUACUGGGCCAGCGUCUGCUUCCCUGUGUGUGUGGAAGUGCCCUCGGAGACGGAGGCUGUCCAGGGCAACUCCAUGAAGCUGCGCUGCAUCUCCUGCAUGAAGAGGGAAGAGGUGGAGGCCACCACGGUGGUGGAGUGGUUCUACAGGCCCGAGGGCGGCAGAGAUUUCCUUAUCUACGAGUAUCGGAAUGGCCACCAGGAAGUGGAGAGCCCCUUCCAGGGGCGCCUGCAGUGGAACGGGAGCAAGGACCUGCAGGAUGUGUCCAUCACUGUGCUCAACGUCACUCUGAAUGACUCUGGUCUCUACACCUGCAACGUGUCCCGGGAGUUUGAGUUUGAGGCACAUCGGCCCUUUGUGAAGACUACACGGCUGAUCCCCCUCCGAGUCACCGAGGAGGCUGGAGAAGACUUCACCUCUGUGGUCUCGGAAAUCAUGAUGUAUAUCCUCCUGGUCUUCCUCACCUUGUGGCUACUCAUCGAGAUGAUAUAUUGCUACAGAAAGGUCUCAAAGGCUGAAGAGGCAGCCCAAGAAAAUGCGUCUGACUACCUUGCCAUCCCAUCAGAGAACAAAGAGAACUCUGCGGUGCCAGUGGAGGAGUAGAAGUGGUGUGACCUGAGGUGGCCUGAACACUGAGGGACUGGAUAUCCCAGGUUCAGUGAUGUCAACAGCUUCAGGAGGGUGCCCCAGGGACUCCAUCGCAUCCCUUCAUGAAUCCAUCCUUCUAUUCGUUCAUCCAUACACCCACCCACCUCUGAGCAACCUCCCAACUUCAUCAGACUUCUCCACACCCUAAGACCUUGCCAGAACCGAGAAGCCAACGUUUCUACAUGGACUCAACCUCACUCUGUCCUAGCUUUUGAGCAAGCAGCUCCCAUGCCAACUGGAUUUCUCUCCUGUGCCCCAAAUGACUCUGUACGAGUGCUGGAGGUAGCACUUCCCUCUGCCCCUAACUGGCCGGAACUGGUUCAUUCUCCAUUGCUGCAAGAGAAUGAAUGUCUUAAUGGAAGGAAGCUGGAGUGAUUAGUUCAGGUGAAAGAAAAAGUGUCAUGAACUUGGAUUCUGUGAAGUCAGUUUUUCCAAGUUUGUGGCCCUCUUAGCGAGAGCAUCAGAGUGAAGCAUACCUCUCUAAGUUCUCCAGUGAUAAAAAGAUCCUUAAGCAUGGACUAAAAUGCUCUCUGAAGCUUAGUGCUCCAGGGCUAGAUCCCGAUAGGUCUGUAAAGCCUGGAUUGGACUCAGUCUUUCCAAGAAGCCAAGGAUAGACUUGGAAAAGACCAAUGGUAAUUUAAGUUCUUAAAAGUCAUGCAACAUGCUCCUGAUCCUGUUGGGAUAAUGUAUGUGUGCCCUCCCUGGAGAGCAUACCACCUGAGCAUUGGGACUGAAAUUCCUAAGUUCUUCCUCUCAAAAUUUCUCUGGAUCAGUAUUAUUCCUCAUUCUACAGGAGGCAACUGAGACUCACACAGGGCUCAACUGAGUAACAGACUUAUGACGAUAAACUGGAGCAGAGAUAAGCCUUAGGUGCUGCCCAGUUUACACUUCCCGGGAUGGAUAAUUUUGUUUUUGAUAAGACUUUGACAUUGAGCUUGGCGAUGGCCGUCCCUCUUUCACAAGCAUAGACAGGGGUGGAUUGCCCAGCUGAGCUUAACACCAAUGGAUGUAGGUAACUAGAAACUGGCCAAAAGAGAAGGACAGGAGGUAGGCUUGAAGAAUUUCCUUGGUGUAGAUUUGUGAAUCUGAAAUGUCCCCCCAGAAGGAGAUUGCAUCUGAGAAUGAUAUCUAAACUAAGCAAAAUGCAUUUUGGCCUGAGAUGCAUGAUAGGCAGGGAUAGGAAGACUGUUUCCAAAUACCUCACCUAUCAGUCCAUAAUGGUCAGGGUUUAUUUCCUAGAUUUUGACAGAGCAGAG